UUAUAAGACAAAGGAGUUAUAAAUUGAUUUAUAUUAAGCACUUAUACAUUUAAAUGCUCAACGGCAGGCAGUCAGGAGCUGGUCAGCGUGGUGUCUGGAUGUUCUUAUUUCAAUUAGUGUAACAUAACCUGUUUACACUUGAAGCGUGGCGGAAGUUGCGCAGUACGUCAUUGCAAUUUCCAAGCCCACGCAGAUGAUCAACAAGCAGCUUCGCUGUCGAAUAUUUUUUCAAUUGUGCAUUCUGAUGUGGAUUCUCGGGUUUACAACACUGAUGAAACCAGUGUUGUAACAGAGCAGUUGCAGUUGACAGUGAGCAGCCCAUGAGAGAACAGUUGCUCUUCCCAUCUGGCACCAUUUAAAAAAAAAAAAACUGGUUUCAAUUUCAGCACCAUGGUCAAGAAGAACCCUAAAUCUGCCAAGACGGGGAAACGUAAGGCAGACCCUGAGCCCAGCACCACUGGUGGGAAACAAAGCCGCCUUGCUGUCUUGUUGGCCAAUGUUAUAUCGAAAGACGAUGACAUUCUCCAGGAAAUCGGGGAUUUGAUCAACAGUGCCGGUGCUGCCAAACCAGACGGUACAGCUGUUUCGAUUGCGUCCUCUGAUUCAUCAGAGCAAGACCUUGCUUCAGUUGAUUCGCUUUAUAGCGAGGUUAAUACUGACUUUCCAUCUGAAAAUGCCGAACCAGAACAUGUUUCUUUGGGAGCUUUUUCAGCAAUUCACCCCCCGUUGGAUCAGAAACUUGCUGACAAAAUUCUAAAUGGAGAGUAUGUUGACUUUGCAUCCAUUAUCCAUAGGGACCAUCUUGGUGAAACAAUGACCAUCAAAAAAACAAACAACUCAACUGUGACUUCAAUACAGAAAGCAUCUGCUAAACAAAUUACUGAAAUUGACCAAUGGAAUAAGGCUUUUCAAAUAUACGCAGACAUAUACUCAGCAAAAUAUCAUUCUCAAGCACCACAACUUUUCCGGUACAUGUCCAUCAUCCAAAAUCUCUCCCAUAACUCGCAACAAUGGAUUGCCUAUGAUGAAAAAUUUAGGCGUCUGCGUGCAGCAUCACCAUCCAUUCCUUGGGGAACUAUACAUACAGAAACAUACCUUUUCUGCUGUAUGAUGAACAGUUCCUUUCGUGGCCCCUCAAAGUUCAAUUCUAGGCCACACUCAAACAAAAUCCCUGCACAUAUCCUAUACAAGAAAGGUUACUGUUGGGAGUUUCAAGAAUCAGGAGCCUGCAACAAACUCAAAUGCACAGUUUCUCACCAAUGUAGCAACUGUGAGGGGCCCCACGGUGCCUGUGGAUGCCCAAAGCCAUUCCAUGCACCAAAGAGAUCCCCAUACCCAACAGUUCAUGGUCAAAGACCCCAUCAACUUUCCAAACAAGUCAACCUGCCAACACAUCAGCCUCAUAAAAGAGACUGAUUUCCCUCUGCCCACCCCGGUGCUCAUCCACAAGUUCAUAGAUUACCUUCAUGGUUAUGACACCGAUAAAACACAGUUUCUUGCCAAAGGUUUCAGUGAGGGAUUUCCUCUUGGUACAGAGGGAAUCCUUUCACCACAUACUGCACAAAACCAUUCUUCUGUGCAUACUCACUUCACAUUUGUUCAAAAUAAACUCUCAAAGGAAGUGACCCGGGGUCGCAUAAAGGGUCCAUAUAACACCCCUCCACUAAAAAACUUUGUCUGUAGCCCGCUGGGAGCCGUACCAAAACGUACCCCAAACUGUUUUCGUCUUAUCCACGAUUUAUCAUUCUCACCUUCAGCAACCUUGCCUGCUGUGAACUCACUUAUACCAAAACAAAAUUCUGCGGUAACAUUAGAAACAUUUGACCAUGUUGCCUCUCUCAUUCUGCAAUGUGGACGUAACUCAACCAUCGCAAAAGCUGAUAUCGAAGAAGCGUUUCGAAUUAUCCCAAUGUCACCAUUAGACUACCACAAACUAGGUUUCACCUUCGAUAACAAAUAUUAUUUUGACACGGUUUUACCAAUGGGUGCUUCAUCAUCAGUUGCCAUAUUUGAAGCUUUCUCUUCGAGUAUUCAAUGGGUCUUACAACAUAAACUCAAGGUCAACUUCGUAUCUCACAUUAUUGAUGACUUCAUCUUUGUGGGUCCGGCUGGAACUCAAACUUGUUCAAAUUCCCUAAAGACUUUCCUGAAUUUUGCUAAAGAUAUCGGUCUGCCAAUUAAGGACUCAAAAACAGUACAUCCCAACACUUCAGCAGAAGUGCAUGGAAUUCUAGUGGAUACCACUUCAUUAACUGCCAAGCUGCCUGCAGACAAAGUCAGUUUGCUCCGUGAUCUCUUAAAAAGCUUCAAACAUCGUAAAAAGGUUACACUAAAAGAAUUACAAUCCCUUUUAGGUCACCUCAAUUUUGCAUGCAAAGUUAUAAAACCAGGCCGCUGCUUUUUAAGGCGCCUUUAUGACCUGACCAUUGGUGUUAUCAAACCUCACCAUCAUAUUCGCAUGACCAGCGAAACUAGAGCCGAUCUUGCUCUAUGGCAUGCCUUCCUAGAUAACUACAAUGGUUGCACACUUUUAACAGGGGAACGAUUUAUUCCUUCUACAACCCUGAAAUUGUUUUCUGACGCCGCAGGGUCAAAAGGGUUUGCGUGCACCCAUGGUUCUUCCUGGACAUUUGGUAUCUUCCCUGAAAAGGUCAAACAUCACCAUAUCAAUAUUCUUGAACUGUACCCAAUUGCACUUGCUGUGACAAUGUUUGGCCACCUCUGGAGAAACAAAAACAUAUUAUUUAUUUGCGACAACAUGGCCGUUGUUUAUUGCUUGAACAAACAGACAUCAAAAGACAAAAUUAUGAUGAAACUAAUAAGAGCUAUUGUUCUGACUGCUUUGGAAAACAAUUUCUGCUUUCAUUCCAAACACAUUAGCACUAAGAACAACACAAUAUGCGACUUGCUUUCCCGUUUGCAGGUUAGCAAAGCAUUGACAUUGGCUCCUCACCUCAACAAAACGCCUUUACCAAUACCACUCAUCAUGAGCCCACACAAAUUGAUGCAGUUAAACAACAGCUGUUGAUUGCAUCUCUUGCAUAAUAUACUACGCAAAAUCUGCUCACAUCUAUCUCCUCAAAACUCAAAAAGGCAAACCAGGUGUGCAAUACAACACGUUGUCACAUAACAAUUAUGGUGGAUGUUGGUUGUGCAUCCAUUUCACAUGGCACUUUUUCAUGCCAAUUUUUCUUCCUUUUUAACAAUUAGGGACAUUGGUAGUGUGUCUCAAUCAUCUUGAAACAUGUGCUUUGAUAAUCAUUGUAGAUACUUGUGUUAUAUGUAUAUAUUUUCCAUAGGCUGUUAAUUUGUGUGUAUGUAUAUCUGUCUAAAUGUGCCAAACUUACAUUUUACUUUGACAUGACUCCUUAUGUGUCAAAUCUUUUGACAAAUGUUUCUAAUCAUGUUUACCUUUUUGUUGUUAUUUUAGAUAUGUGUCAAUGACUGCUUUUUCAAUGGGCAGUACCUUUACACUUCAAUUUACCUAUACUGUACCAUAUGUUUGUAUAGGUUCACAUGUAUUAUACAUUGUCAACUUUCUUUAUUUCUUCUAAACUUGCCAUUUUAUUUUUUUUAUUUUUACAUAAAAUUUUUUUUAUUGUUAUUAUUUUUGUUUCUUUAUUAAUUUUGGUAGUUUUUGCUACCUUGAAGUAUUAUUCUCUAGUCAUUAUUGAAUACGAAUAUACUUGCGCUCUCCCCUCCUUUGGUUGGACUUGGUUUGGGACUUUUUUGUACGCCCAACUUUAUGGGACUUGUACUUAUAAUUUCACUCAUAAUCUCAAUUAUAUAAUAAUCAUACAAUAAAUAUUGGCUGGUGAAAAUGCACCAGCCCUUUUCAAUCCAA